GUGAGCGUUGUGCGUGGUUGGGCUGCCGUCCUGUCCGGAGGCUUCUGCGACGCUAAUUUCGGGCCUGUGGCUGUGCAGGCACAGCAGCUAUACAGAAAAGAUGAGCGAAGAAUCCAAUGAUGACAAGAAGCCAUCGACCAAAUUUGAACUAGAACGAGAAACGGAACUUCGAUUUGAGGUGGAAGCAUCUCAGUCAGUUCAGCUGGAGUUGUUGGCUGGCAUGGCGGAGAUCUUCGGCACAGAGCUGACCAGAAACAAGAAGUUCACCUUCGAUGCUGGCGCCAAGGUGGCUGUUUUCACUUGGCAUGGCUGUUCCCUCCAGCUGAGCGGCCGGACUGAGGUGGCUUAUGUCUCUAAGGACACCCCUAUGUUGCUUUACCUCAACACUCACACCGCCUUGGAGCAGAUGCGGAGGCAGGCGGAAAAGGAAGAGGAGAGAGGUCCCCGAGUGAUGGUAGUCGGUCCUACUGAUGUGGGCAAGUCCACGGUGUGUCGACUGCUGCUCAACUAUGCCGUGCGUUUGGGCCGCCGUCCUACUUAUGUGGAGUUGGAUGUGGGCCAGGGCUCUGUGUCCAUCCCUGGUACUAUGGGGGCCCUGUACAUUGAGCGGCCAGCCGAUGUAGAAGAAGGGUUCUCCAUCCAGGCCCCUCUUGUGUAUCAUUUUGGCUCUACCACUCCUGGCACCAACAUCAAGCUCUACAAUAAGAUUACAUCCCGUCUAGCAGACGUGUUCAAUCAGAGGUGUGAAGUGAAUCGCAGGGCUUCUGUCAGUGGCUGUGUCAUCAACACCUGUGGCUGGGUCAAGAGCUCGGGGUACCAGGCCCUGGUGCACGCAGCUUCAGCCUUUGAGGUGGAUGUGGUUGUCGUUCUGGAUCAAGAACGACUGUACAACGAAUUGAAAAGGGACCUGCCUCAUUUUGUUCGAACUGUGUUACUCCCAAAAUCAGGGGGUGUGGUAGAACGCUCCAAGGACUUCCGGCGGGAAUGUAGGGACGAAAGGAUCCGUGAGUAUUUCUAUGGAUUUCGAGGCUGUUUCUAUCCCCAUGCCUUCAAUGUCAAAUUCUCUGAUGUGAAAAUCUACAAAGUUGGGGCGCCCACCAUCCCAGACUCCUGUUUACCUCUGGGCAUGUCUCAGGAAGAUAAUCAGCUCAAGUUGGUACCUGUGACCCCUGGCAGAGAUAUGGUGCACCAUCUCCUGAGUGUCAGCACUGCAGAGGGCACAGAGGAGAACCUUUCUGAGACCAGUGUGGCUGGCUUCAUAGUUGUGACCAGUGUGGACCUUGAACACCAGGUGUUUACUGUCCUGUCUCCAGCCCCCCGCCCACUGCCUAAGAACUUCCUUCUCAUCAUGGAUAUCCGGUUCAUGGAUCUCAAGUAGUAACUAGCAAGGAGCCUCACUUUCUGGGCCAUAGAGUCUGGCCAUCACCAAAGGGAGACAGAAUGAGAUACGGACUCUUAUUAAGGCAGCUGACAAGGAACAAAUAGUAGAAAACACAUGUUCUACCUCUUAAAACAGUGGUAGUAGCCAGACUCUUGUAAUCCUAAACCAAACAGAGAACAUGAAAGGAAAAUCUGAUUAUUUUUUAAGAUUGCCUAAGGUGCCACUCUUAAUAGUCCAAGAUCAUAGAGAAUUCCAUGUCUUCCACUGCUACCAUGUGGGUAUUUUUGUUACCACUUUCUAGUCCAUAUAUAUAUAUAUAGUACUUGUUGUAAUAUUUAACCAGGAUGAAAGUGAGAUAAAGUUCAAACUUGAGAAAACAAUUAUUUUAAUAAAUAUUAUUGU